CAACCCCGGAAUUCUCCUUCUCUGGGCGGUCAGUUUCAGGGACGGGCUAAUUUCACUACUGGAAAGACGUAACACAGGAACAACAGAGGAAUAACAAAGUACGGCUAUCUCCGCCCUAGUCAGCUUUCGAUUUUGAUAAAUAGCAACGAAGUAGAGCACAGUCGCAUUCAUCUCGUUCAAUCAUAACCAUGGCAGCCCAGGAUUUUAAUAUUUUACUGGCGACAGAUUCAUACAAGAUCACACACUACAAGCAGUACCCUCCCAAUGUCAGCAAGGUCUACUCCUACUUUGAGUGCCGCCGCAAAAAGGGGGGCACCCAGUUCAGUGAGAUUGUGUUUUUUGGCCUUCAGUACCUCCUGAAGAAGUAUCUUUCAGGACGAGUCAUCACUGAGGAGAAGAUUCAGGAAGCCAAAGUCUUUUACCAGAUGCACUUUAGACAGACUGUGUUUGAUGAGGAAGGCUGGAGGAAAGUGCUGGAGAAGUAUGAUGGCCGUCUCCCAAUUCGAAUCAAAGCGGUUCCUGAGGGGAAGAUCAUUCCCAGAGGAAACGUCCUCUUCACAGUAGAAAACACAGACCCAGAUUUCUUCUGGCUCACCAACUAUAUUGAGACCAUGCUGGUCCAGAUGUGGUAUCCCAUUAGUGUGGCGACCAUCUCCCGGGAGUUUAAGAAGAUCCUGGCCAAGCACCUGAAGGCCACAUCAGGCAGUCUGGAGGGCCUGGACUUCAAACUGCAUGACUUUGGCUACAGAGGGGUUUCCUCGCAGGAGUCUGCGGCAUUAGGCGGGGCGGCCCACCUGGUGAAUUUCUGCAGUACAGACACUGUAGCAGGGCUACUGAUGGCCCAGCGAUACUACGGCUGCCCCAUGGCAGGCUUCUCUAUGCCUGCAGCAGAGCAUAGUACGAUCAUCUCGUGGGGGCGGAGCAGGGAGAAGGAGGCCUUCGAGAGCAUGCUGGACCAGUUCCCGACAGGGCCGGUGUCAGUGGUCAGUGACAGCUACGACAUCUUCAAGGCUUGUAGAAACAUCUGGGGGGACAAGCUGAAGGAGCGCGUGAUAGAGCGGAGCGAAGACUCCUGCUUGAUCAUCCGGCCUGACUCGGGAGACCCCGCAGAGACCCUCAUCGAGGUGAUAAAGAUUUUGGAGGAGUGCUUUGGUUGCUCUCUGAACUCUCAAGGCUUCAAGGUGCUGCCAUCUUACCUGCGUAUCAUCCAGGGCGACGGCAUUGAUCUCAACUCAGUGGAUGAGAUCCUGGAGAAGUUGAGUGACGAAGGCUGGAGUGCUGAGAACGUGUUCUUUGGCUGUGGGAGCGCCCUCCUUCAGAAGCUCAACAGAGACACACUCAACUGUGCCUUCAAAUGCAGCUAUGUGGAGAUCAAUGGGAAGGGGAUGGAUGUGUACAAGCAGCCUGUGACCGACCCGUCCAAGGGGUCAAAGAGAGGUCUUCUGUCACUUAGGAGAAACUCUGAUGACUACAUUGAGACUGUGGAGCGAGGGGUGGGCAAGCCACAGGAGGACAUGCUGGUGAUUGUGUUUGAGAAUGGCUCCAUCGUGCAGGAGUACACUCUGGAGGAGAUCCGGAAGAAUGCUCGGCUCCAAGAAGACUAUAUCGCCCCUUCCCAACACAACCAGGACGAGCCCAAGAGCCUGGAGCUACACCAGAAACACAUAAUGAACGGGGUGCAUUAAGCAACCAACACACCCACCUGUAAAGCAAUGCACUAACUGUCCGAAAACUGGAGGCAUAACGUAUAAUGAACUGGGUUUACUCAUUGCCAGAAGGCCUACUACAGUUCACCAUUAGAGGAGUGCUCUGAUUGUCAGCGAACAUAAGAAUGGUGUUAUUGGAGCUGCACCAUAAGCAAACUGUUUUUUUGGGGGAUGCAGUAAUCUUCAGCACACUAGAGUCACAUAAUGGACUACUGAUCAUCAACCUAAAUGUAAUUCCUUGUUCAACACUUCAGCCCAUUGGACCAAUGACUGACCUGCUGUCUCAUGGUUUAGACCAUGAGUCUUUGUUGUACUAUAUCGGGCAUUUCAUGGCAACACCUGUUGAGUGGAAGGCUUCAUCUGAUUAAGCUCUAUAGCAGGCUUUGAAGAGCUGAUAUUACUGUUCUAUUUCACUAGAGGUAGAGUUGGUUUUAGAAUCCAUUGAUCCUUGUUUUUAGUCUGUUAAGCAGAAUUUUUGUAGUACAUUAACUGAUUCUGUUUGACAUUUUUUUGCCAUGAUAGCAAUGCUGCACUUUGCAGAAUCCUAACUUGACAUCUUAAUUUUUAACUCCGACUUUAGUAUGUUGUCACUAGGACUGAUGUGCAUGUGUUGUAUACAUGCAAAUGUAGUUAUGCACGUGGGUCUCAAAUUGGGAUUCUGUAAGAGAAACGUGAUGGGGUUUUUGUUCUAAUUGAUUGAUAUAACAGUGUGUUAUACUAUUUAUGUUGACCAUAAGCUUCCUAAGACUACAUCAAAGACUAUUGAAAUGUAUGGGCUCCAGACUUGUCUGACCUCGUACUUUUGUUCUCCUGCCUUUGGAACCAUUGCCAUUCGAAUCAGUCAUUUGGGUUUUGAUUUUCCUUUCCAUUUGAAUCCCCAUUAUCUGUACAAAUUCAGCUUGAAAUGAAGUACUUUCUUUUGUGAAUCGAUUUGCUUCGGAUGCCUUUAAUUGUCUGUGAUGUACAUUAAAUGCUGGUCUGCGUGACUGGUGCUGUCCCAGACUGCUGGUCUGUGUGACUGGUGCUGUCCCAGACUGCUCUUCAGUCUGGUGGAGACCCAGGUUAAUUAAUACCAUGCUGUGGUUUAGAGCUUUUAACCAUUUUCAGACCCAUAUUAUUUGAAGCAAAAAUAAUUUUAGUGUUCUGAUUAAUUGGGCAAGAGCAAUUGACCCUACCUCUUUUUCUAUAUAAAUUAUAUUGUUACUGUCCAUGAAGAUUAAUACUAAUGGUAUAAUAUUAUUAUUGUUAUUGUGUAAAUAACUUCAGAAAAGUGUGGUCUGCUUUAAGUUCAUUAAAUGUGACAGCAUUAGUUUGUUUUUGAGUUUUACUAAAUGUAUAUUGUAUGACAAAAAAUAAAUAUGCUCUUGACUAAAA